UCAACAGUGGUAUUGCAAGGCAUGUUUUGCAACAGACUGUCAAGUCAGUUAGCAUUGCAGGAGGAGAAGAAGCAAGGGAAAAAACAGGAACAGUUAGUGGGCAAUGGACUCCCCAGGCUCCUCACAGGUGAUGCAUUUUAUACCUCUGUUGUCAAACACCAGAAAGCUGCUGAAGAAGAAGCAGUGGCACUUGAAACUCAUUGGCAAGAAAGGGACAAAUGA